GUUGUCAUUCUAUCUAUAUAGUCUUUGGUUGUCAUGUUUGUUUACAUGAAGUGAGGAAUUGUCGGUGUUUAAAGGGUUUUAUCAGAAACAAUCUAAAUUGGUUUGGUAAAUUUUACAAUCAAAAGCAAUAAAGGAAAUAUAAUAAAGCCCUUGAUCUGUUAGACAAUAAAAUACAAAUCUAUUCUGAAACUGCGAUAACCUAAACGAUAAGAUUUUUUAAAAAAACUCCCGUUGUAUAUAAAUGGCAAUUUAAUUUAAUUAUAAUGACGAGCACCUUGUCUACUGAAAUUCGAACGCCUCCGAAAAUAGCACCGAAACCAGGUCGAGUAAGAGUUGUUAGAGCACUAUUCAAGUACACUGCACAGCAUCCAGAUGAAUUAUCAUUCCAAGAAGGUGAUCUCCUGUAUGUGUUUGAUGAAGCGACUGAUCCUAAUUGGUGGAAAGCUCGUUGUGGAAACCAGACUGGCCUUAUACCAAGCAAUUAUGUGGAGAACCACGGAGAGGAGAUCAAUUUUCCCCUCCACGAAGCAGCUCGCAGGGGCAACCUAAGUUUCCUGCAAGAGUGCUUGCAGCAAGGUGUGUCCGCCACGGGGCUGGACCAGAUGGGCAACACUGCACUGUACUGGGCCAGCCACGGAGGACAUUUAGACUGUGUCUCCCAGCUGCUGGCUCAGUCCAACACCAUGGUUAAUGCCCAGAACAAGCUCGGGGACACGGCGCUCCACGCGGCCGCGGCGCGCGGCCACUACGAAGCGGUCGAGCUGCUGCUGCGGCACGGGGCCGACUCGUGGGUGCAGAACAAGGAUGGUCACACCGCCCUGGAGCUGGCCAUGAGCUCUGCCGUGACCAACGCCAUCCAGAUGAGCAGGUCGGCGUCCCUCGGCAACACCAGCUCCGCUUCCUACGCUGCCGACGACUAUGGCGACGAUUCAGACUGAGCUCCGUUGCUCAAACAGCACCGUGUGUGUUGCCUUAAUUGCCUUCGAGAAGUUGGAAAGCAUGUAAAGUGAUCAUUGAUGUGUGGACUCGGGUGUCAAACUGAAACCUCCAAUAUAACCCAAGUAAUCAUUUAAAUUACUUGCUGAGUUUUUUUUAUCAACACAUGUUCAAUUAGUAUUGGGUUGAGUUAAUUUCAUUUGUCAUAACAGAUUAUUUCAUGAAGAUUUCAAAAUGAAUUACAAUUCUAAUUUAGCUAUUUAUACUGAAGACAACUUAUAAGUAUAACACACAAAUGUUUUCAUGUAAAUAAAAUAGGUUAAGUUUUUACACUGUAUUUUAGAUAUUAGUAUAGUCAUAACAUAAAAUAUCUGCUUAAUUAUUUAUAUUGAUAACAUCAAAUGCUUUAAGCUCCAUUCAAAAAUUUACAUCCUAUUAGUUAACCUAUUAUAAGGUUUCUUUUAAUAAUUAAACAAAAACGAACAACGAAACAAUAGACUGUUUAUAUGCAUUGUAUUGUGGUGAUGUUAGAAGAUAUGAACAUGGACAAUGGCAAGGAAGAUACAGUAGUCUCUUGAAGAAACAAUCUCAUAGUAGCAUGGCCAGUACACUGUGGUGAUGCAUUCUUUGGUGUAAAACUGAAAACUGUAAAGUAUUAAUAAGGCAAUAUCUAUUAUAUUUAGUAGAUUAAUGAUUAAUUUUUGAGAUAAAGUUAUUCAAAUUGCAUAAGUAUUGCGACAUAAUAUUUUUAAUAACAAUAAAAAAAGGAGGGGGGUGUUUGCUUUUGGCUGAGAAAUCUUUAAAGCUUGCUCAGUUAAAUGGAAGGUGCUCAACAUAAUGUUAAGUGAAAUAAUUGUUAUUAUGUAUUGCAUUAAUAGGGUUAAUUCCUAGAAAAUAAAUUUUGUUAUAGCCAAUGUCAUUUAAAUGAUUACAGUGUUUAAUACAAACACACAACAUUUUAUUUCUGUACAUUAUUUAGUUUCUAAUGUGUUUCAAAUGAAAGUGUUAAGUUUUCGAAAGCUGCCAAAAAAAUAGAUAAUGACUCAUUAUUUGUUGCAAGUUCAUGACAACAUAUUAAUUUUGGCUGGAUACUGAUGUUUAAUAAAGCAUGAGCCUUAAGAAUAUGUGGACAUAUGUUUUGUAGUUAAGUGAUAAGUAGUAAACAUUGAUUAACCUAUUAAAAGGUGUUGUUGAAGCAGUUAUAUUUUUUAAAUGACAGAUAAAUAAUUUUUAGAAUUUGAGCUACAUCAAACUAAUAUUAAUGAUUUACACGCCUCUAGUUUUUGUGGUAUUAGGUAUUAGGCAUGUACCAAAAAUAAGGCUGUGUAAAGAAAGACACUCCAUUUUUACAUUGUGAUAUAGUAUUCUAAGUUAGUGAAUAAGUGUUUUACUUUUAAUAUUUAUCAUAUUUGUGACAAUUUUUUUAAGAUUAUGUGAUGAUGGCUUUUGCUGUUGUAUUUAUCAAACGGGACCACAACUGAAUGUUUUGAUGUAUAUAAUAUAUUCAAUAAAGUAUAAUAUCCUUUCAA